CCGUGUACACUUUUCCGCAUGAGCAUUUUCAUUCAUUGGAUAAAUGACGUAUCUUCGCACAAGUGGGGGACACGAGUUAUCGACAUCACACCUUCCCUAAAGAGCUUGAUGUACCUGCAGGGCCCAUGGAUAAAUCGACACUUGCGAGAAGCGUGGCCCAUCACGUACUCGACGACAGCGAUUAGUGAUGAUAAUUAUGCUAGACUGCAUGCUCACCACGACCCAAGAACCGGAUUUGGGCUGGUGUAAUAUCCGCCCGAUAUAAAUUAUCCGAGACCAUUCCCCCGCUAUGUCUUCGACGAAUUUCAGGGUUGAUCUUGGAUGCCCUUACCUCGUCCCUCUUUGGUCACCAAGGGAAACACCUGGAUUAAUACCCCGCCAUGGCAAUACUCGCAUCGGGUUCAAGCUGGAGAACCAGUUGUCUGUUGAUACUAUGCUGGUUUACAACCACUAUAAUAGCCAAGCCCGUAGCAACAGUGUUGAACGGAACAUACGAGGGUCUUUACCUUCCUGCCUUUGAUCAGGAUGUUUUCCUUGGAGUCCCUUUUGCGCAAAGUACCGGAGGAUUGAAUCGAUUCCGUGUUCCGCAAGCACUCAAUACAACAUGGAACGGUACCCGAGCGGCCAAGCAAUAUGGACCCGCUUGCCCUGAUUUCCAGCUUGACAGAGACGGCACAUAUGGCAUGAGCGAAGACUGCCUUAGUAUCAAUAUCGUCAAGCCGGCGAACAUUCCUGGAAAUGAGAGUUUGCCAGUGGCGGUUUGGAUACACGGCGGCUCGUACCAAGUUGGUACCAGUUCGCUGCCGAAUUACAACCUUACAUAUAUCGUACAACAAUCGGUGGAUAUUGGGAAGCCCGUAGUCGCUGUCAGUAUCAACUAUAGAAAGGGUGGAUGGGGUAUGUUGUAUUCUCGGGAGAUUCAAGGCACUGGGAACGCGAACCUAUCGCUCCGAGACAUGCGCAAAGCACUGGCCUGGAUAUCAGAGAACAUUGGAGCGUUUGGUGGGCAAAAAGAGAGUGUAACGAUAUGGGGAGAAUCUGCUGGGAGCUUCGCUGUGGGGCAAUUGCUCAUGUCGUACGGCGGACGGACUGAUAACCUAUAUCAUCGAAGCAUACAGGAAUCCGGGUCAGCCGCAACUGCUUGGUACAAUGGAACCGACUACUACCAGCCCAUAUAUGACAAGAUAGUACGCCAUACCAACUGCACAGAUGAGGUGGAUACCUUGGAGUGCCUCCGUACCAUCCCGUACGAUACUAUUUUCCCAUUCUUGGACAGUUCAAAAGUCGGCGGUCCAGGCUUCUAUCCGGUAGUAGAUGGCGACAUCAUGCCCAACUACCCAACCGAACUCCUCCACUCUGGUCGCUUCGCACAUGUUCCUCACCUCUACGGCUCUAAUAGCGACGAAGGUACUGACAAUGCACCUCGCGGCGUCAUCAACACCGACGACGAUUUAUACGCUUUUCUUCUGAACAGCACGGGCUUCGAUUUCCCACCGUCUGUUGUCCGCGACAUCAUGAAACUCUACCCCGACGACCCUACAGUCGGCAUCCCACUGAACACGGGAAUGGAGAGAUUCGCAGAGAAUGGGUACCAGUAUAAACGCAUCGCCGCCAUCAUGGGCGACGUCUUCUAUCACGCGACUCGUCUCGAUGAUGCGAGAUGGUACUCGAAAUACGACCCAACCUAUAUAUACCGCUUCAAUACACGGCCCUUCCAAAACAACACGAAUGCAAACUAUACAGACUAUGUUGGGUCUUUGGCUCCUGCAUACAAGGGCGUUCAACAUUUCAGCGAAGUGGCGUUUGUUUUUGCCAAUCCGAGUUUUGUUGGGCCGUGGGAGGAGUAUAAGGCGUUGAGCGAUCAGAUGAGUGCGCAGUGGAUUCAUUUCAUUCAUGGUGGUGACCCGAAUGCAGAGGGACUGCCGGAAUGGCCGAAGUACAGUGAGGGAGAGGAUGGAUUGAAUUUGGUUCUUCAAGCCCAAGGAAGAGGAUACAAUGGGAGUUAUGUGGAGCAAGAUACGUAUAGGCUGGCAGGCAGAGAAUAUCUGACCCAGUGGGCGAGAAGGAGGCAUGUUUGA